CAGCAGGAUUGUGAAGUUGUCCAAACGGGACGGACAGCAGGAAAAGGAGAAGGAGUGAGAAAUGUGAAUACUUCCUUAUGUUCAGUUCACCUGACUUUAAGAAUGGAGAACUCAUCCAAAGAGGAGUACAAGAUCCAGUCAUUUGAUGUGGAGACGCAGAAACUCCUCAAAACUGCCUUGAAAGACCCAGGUUCAGUUGAUCUGGAGAAAGUGUCCAAUGUUAUAGUGGAGCAGUCUCUGAAGGACCAGGUCUUCAGCAGGGAGGCCGGACGCAUCUGUUAUACUAUAGUCCAGGCAGAGGCCAAACAGACCAAUGGGAGUGUGUUUCGGCGUAACCUGCUGAACCGACUGCAGCAGGAGUUUAAAGCCAGAGAAGAGACGAGGAAGAGAUCCACUCAGGAGUGGGUUUGCGUCGUGUCCUUCAUCUGCAACAUCUUUGACUACCUCAAGGUGAACAACAUGCCCAUGAUGGCCCUGGUGCACCCUGUGUACGAAUGUUUGUUCAGACUGGCACAGCCUGAUGCCCUGAAGAACGAGGAGGAGAUGGACUGUCUGGUGCUACAGUUACAUCGCAUCGGAGAUCAGCUGGAGAAUAUGAAUAUGCAGUUGAUGGAUGAGCUGUUUUAUCUGCUGAGGGAUGGUUUUCUCCUGCAGGAGGAUCUGAGCUCCAUGGGUCGCCUGCUUCUGCUCGAGAUCCUCGAGUUCCGCGCAGGUGGUUGGACUCUCAGCGACACGGCUCAGAAGUACUACUACAGUGAAGUGACGGACUGAGGAAUCCACCAAUCAGGAGAGAGACAAAUGAAGGCAGGAAAAAUUGCAAUAGGUGAACGGAACCAAUAGUGGAGGCUUUAUUUUUAUAAUUAUCCUCAGAGAAAAGCUUUGGCUGUGUUUGGAAUACUAGGUUACUACUAAAUACUGGGCAGUAUGUGCACUCCCUGCCCUUCUGUUUUUAUUAUCAUAGGAUGUGAAACAGAAUGCGUCAGAGGUACAGCACGCUACAUUGCAGUGUUCAGAGCUAAAAAGUCUUUGAGUGUGCUUUGUCUCUGGGUAUUCCAUGCCCCAGAAAAUCUGCACACUAUAUACUGUAAUAGUAAGAAAGGUAUGCUAUUCUGAACAUAGCCUUUGUGAUUCACUAGGUAUGAGAUUUAAUAUGAAGUAGAUGAUUUAAUCAAGGUUAGAUGAAGUGCUUGCUUGAUUUCAAAGGGUGUGUUAUUGAACUUUGUUAGGGGUGUGUUUCUGGUGGCUUUUGAAACCAUUACAAUAAGGAGCAAGAGAGCACACCCUGUGUGUAAACAUCCCCGUUGUCCAUGUUAAAAUGUUACAGAGGCAUUUUGUAUCCCAGCAUUCCUUAUGUGUGUGUGCAGUUAAACGGUCCAUUUAUGGUUAAGCAACACAAUUCAUAUGAAGACAGUUGGAUAAUGUCUUCCUAUACAAUGUCUGGCUGAAAAAAAAAAUUUAUUUUAGCCAAAGUUAUGCAGCAGUUUGUGGUCAGUAUGAUUCCUUUAGUGUUCAUGAAUCUCCUAAAAUGUAAAAUUUGAUUGGUCGAGGCCUGAAUACGAAAGUGAAUACAUUGGUUUCUAGUUAUACAUGCUGUGCUGGAGUACAUCAAGUUAAUAUAAUUGAAAUAUACAGAUUUACAACAAUUACCUUAAAGAGUUCCAUGGGCAUGUAUUUAAUGAAGUUGUUUUUGUGACAGAUGUUGUCACAAAGGGCUUUUAAAAGCCAGGUAAAUAAAGUUUUGAAUGUAUACUUAUUGUUAAAGGAAGAAUCUGGGUUCAAUACAAGUUGAGCUCAGUCAACAGCAUUUGUGGCAUAAGGUGAUUACCACAAAAAAUUAAAUUCGACUCGUCCCAGAUUUUCUUUAAAAAAAGCAAAUAUAGAGGUAUCAGUGAGGCACUUACAAUGGAAGUGAAUGGGGGCCAAUUUUUGAAUGUUAAAAUACUCACGGUUUCAAAAAUAUAGCCACAAGAUGUAAACAAUAUAUGCAUAAACAUGAUUUUAGUGUGAUAAAAUCGCUUAUUAACCUUUUCUGUGUAAACUUAUAUCCAAUUUUGCAACUUUGUUGCCAUGACGACCGUAAAAAUGAUGAUUUAAACAACUUUACAGCUCCAAUAAUACAUAAGUUUAAACAGAUUAAUUAAUGUAAGUGCUUUUAUAAAAGUAUAAGCUUCAUAUUUCUGCCUUUAAACCCUCCAAAAAUUGGUCCCAUUCACUUCCAUUGAAAGUGUCUCACUGUAACCUUGAUUUUUGCUUUUUUUAAAGAAAUUGAGGGACGGGUUGAAAUUAAUUCUUAUGGUAAUCAUCAUUAUGCAACAAAUGCUGUCGAUUGAGCUUAACUUGUAUUGAACCCAAAAUAUUACUUUUUCUUUAGCUGUUAUUCUUAAAUUCUUACAUAAAUGAUAUUUCCCUUAGUAGGAGGAAUAAUUAUUUUUAUUGUGUAGAAACAGUAAUUGAGAAUAAGUAUAGAGAAUAUAAAAUAUUGAAUACAUAAUGAAGAUUUUAAAUAAAUGAAAAGCAAAAUAUUUGUUGGAUUUUUUUUUUUUUUUUUUUCAAGGUGAAUACUAGAAACCAAAGUUCGUUUUUAAGAGGCACAACAGGCCUGUUUGUGGUUCAACAUUUACAUACAGUACUUCUUUCAGGGAUGAUAUUUUUUAUAUUUUUUAAUACUAACAAACAUUUCUUCACAGUGAUACUGGUGGUGCAGAUUUUGUAUUUGAAAGUGUAAAAUAAGAUGGUCUAUUCCUCAGGCUCCGGAUUAGACAAUGACUUGUGUAAUUAUCUUGAUGCCACUUAAACCUUUUUAAAUAAAGAACUGAACACAAACAGAA